AUGUCAGAUCCAAACAGCUUGGUGGCUACGCGAGCCCGAAGAGCCAAUGCCGGUUCGAGGUUGAAGCACCUUAUCGAGAUCGAGGAGCUGGCUUCUGAAACUCGAAGCUUCGCCAUGACAGAGGAUGACGAAAACGUCGAGUUGUUGUUCCAAGAAGACGACAACGACGAAGAAUUUAAUGAAGGCGACGAGGACGACCAAGACCAAGAAGAGGAAGAGAGCGACGAAGAAGAGGAAGAGGCGUCCGGCCCUGUAGAUACCUCCAAGAAUGACACAGCCAAAACAGAUACAACAUCUCCAAGCAAGGAAGACUCGGUAUCUGAGACGGAGGAAAACGUCAAUGCAGAUGAUAUGCUCUCUGACUCAGAUCUUUCGGUAUCUGACAGUGAUGACAGUGAGGGAGAGAGGGAAUUGGAGAAACAAGAACGGGCUAACAAAAGGAAGAAGAAAAGCCAGCCUUUUGUGCCUGCGAUCAAAAAACCCAAGCCCGAGAUAGAAAAGGCAAAGCCCGUGGCCAAGCCUUUGGUAAAGCACAGUGAUAUACUAUUAAUGAGCGAACGUAGAUCUUCCUCGCGUAAGUCUGCCUUGAAGAACAAGGAGCAGUUGAUUAAUAGAAUACGGCAGGAUGAGAAACGUCGUGCUGCUCACACCCCCAUAAAGCGCGUGAAAGAGCGAAAACUCACACAAGAAGAGAGACUAGCGCAGGCCGUGGAGACUGAGCGUGAGAACAUCGAGUCCCUUCAUUUGUUCAUGGAGCAGGAAAUUGUCAAAAAAGAACGUCAGAAGUGGUUGCUCCAGCUGAGACGCGCAAAAUUAAAGAACGUGAUAAGGUUUACGUCCGAGGAAACUUUUGUGUGUCCAUUGGAUGAGAUAGAAGACGAGCGCCAUGUUCAAGACAUGUACGAAAGAAGAAGGAAAGGAAGACGUAGAAGAUUCAACGAAUACCCAGAAGAGAGAAGGUAUGGUGACAUUGACCCGAACUUACCUUAUUACAGAAGGGAAAUGGAAGAGAAGCGUAUCAGAGAAUUGAAAAUGGCUGAGGAACGCAGAAUAUUAGAAGAGCAACGAGCAAUCAAAAGAAAGCGUCUCGAAGAAGAGCGCGAGGCAAGAAGAAAAGCCUUGGAAGAAGAGCGCGAGGCUCGUAAGAUUGCCAAGGAGGAGCGUUUGAAAGAGUUCGAGGAUGUAGAUGUCACUGAAAAUCAUAUUGCAGAUACAUCUACUGAUCUGAAAGAAGCUCUGGAUCAAACUCAACUCAAGAAUGAUGAAGAAGCAAGCGCAGAGUCGAUUGCACAGCCUCUUGCCCAAGAUGAAACCAACAUGGUAAAAGAAUCUGACGAUAAAGUCGAAGCAUCUCAAGACAUCGAAUCAACCAGUCAAGAAGCUGUUCCAGAAGUCAAAAUCGAAAGCUCUGUUGAGAAAACUCAGAAUGAUGACAGUUCCGACAUCAACAAACCAGAUGAAGUACCUGGAACAAAUGUCGAUUCACAGCCCGACUCGAUGGACAUAGACACAAAGCCUAUACAAGAUCAAAUGCCAGCGGAACCAGCGCAGAUUGAAAAUGAAGAAGCUGCACCAACAGAAUCUAGAAGUCUAACCGAGCAGCCUAGUCAAUCGGGAGAGACUCCAGGCUCAACUCAAGUCUUGCAAGCAGCCACUCCUGUGACAGAUAGGUCAAAGGAGCCAACAGCAGAGCCGGAGAAAAAGGUAACCUUUGAAGUUGCAGAAAAAGUCGAAAACGAGGAGGAAGCGGGGGGACUCAUCACACAAGAAAGUCUCAACGAGUACUUUUAUCGCCGAAGCGAAAACGGAAGUAUCUAUGAGGGUCCAGUUCAGCACGUAGGACGCAACCAUGUCAUCUUGAUGGACUUCGAAGAAGAGCAAAGAUGGGGUCUCACGGAAAUGAGAAUUCAACAGGUUUUGUUUGGCGACGACGCUACUUUCAGUGGGUCCAGAAGAUUGAGAGAUGUUGAAACCAUUCUUCGAAGCACUACAAGACUGGACAAUCCCUAUGCUAUCACUAAGGAAGACACUGACAAUGAAAUACUCAAAUCCGUGAAGGACAUAAAAGAAGAAGACCCCAUGUUCGAAGUUCUUCGACGGAUUCCCAGACUCGGAGACAAGAACAUUGUCACUGAGGAGGUUUAUGAGGAGCUACCCGAGGAGUCCACACACAUCAGAAUCCGGACCGAAGCUCCGACAGGUCUCUAUCUCCCCAACGGAAACAAGAAGCUUUGUCUCAUUUCAGGAAAGGAAGUCAGAUAUUUCGAUCCCAUCACUGGUAUGCCAUACGAGAACAAAGACAUGUACAAGAUCAUCAAGGAUGUCGAGAUGGGUCUUUACUCAUGGCACAGUAUUGGCAGAGAUGUGAACGCAUACGGAAUGGCCCAAGUAUAUUUAAACAAAAGGGAGGGUGCAAGACACGCCAAAGGUGUUCCAGAAGGGUUCGAUGGAUAA